CUUAAUAUAUAUUAUGUUUGUGCGUGAUAUCAGUUUAUUCUGAAAAGAUAUGGUGUUUAAGAUAAUCUACGGAGCGAGAUAGUUUAUAAUUAAUUGGAAUCCUUCAAGAUGAUGCGAGUACUACCGGAAGGUAUGCAGUUGGGCGUAGCUUCAGCUGCAUAUCAAAUCGAGGGUGGUUGGAAUGUCACAGGUAAAUUAUUAUUAUUGUUAUAUAAAACGUGGACAAAUAAGCAUAUCCUAUUAUUGACCUGCCUGUGGGCGAGACACCAAUGCCACCACCGUUACUUAUAUACCGACACGAUACUGGAGAAUUAUUCUAGCGUGGGGGGUAAUCUUAUAACACAGAAAUUGUUUAUUUUUAACGACAAUUAUCUGUCCACUAUUCUCUUAUUAUUGUUCAAAUUUGACUAUAACAAAACUGGGGUUGCAGAUUUGAUUCCCAGUCGAAUGAAGGCAGGGACGAAACAAUUGAGCGGAAGAUUAAAGUUUUUCCUUCCGAUCAUUUCUACUUUUUUUAAGUUUAUCUAUUUUUUUAUUUAUUAAUCAUAUUAGGUACCUACUUACCAACUUUUCAGACAAAUCAUUAAGCAUAUGGGACACAUUCGGCGACAUACCCGGCACAAUCGCAGACAACACGACAGCUAAAGACGCAUGCAAAUCCUACGAAUACUACAAGAGAGAUGUCGCUAUGUUACACUUUUUAGGCGUCAUGUUCUACCGAUUCUCUAUAUCGUGGCCGCGGGUCCUGCCAAACGGAUUCGCCAAUAAAAUAAGCAAAGACGGUGCCGCGUAUUACAAUAAUUUGAUCGACGAACUUUUAGCUAAUGGUAUCACACCAGUUGUGACGAUGUACCAUUGGGAUUUGCCUCAGAAUCUCCAGGAUUUAGGCGGUUGGACAAAUCCUCUCAUAGCUGAUUGGUUUGAAGAUUACGCUCGUGUUCUGUUCGACCUUUAUGGGGACAGGGUAAAGACAUGGAUCACGUUGAAUGAGCCGAAGCAAAUCGGCCUCUAUGGUUACGGGACGAGAAGAUUUGCGCCAGGAAUAAACGCGCAUGGCAUCGGCGAGUAUUUGAGUGCGAAGAAUAUGCUUAUGGCGCACGCGAGGGCUUGGCAUCUGUAUGACAAAGAGUACAGGGCCAAAGAAAACGGUACCAUUGGGAUAACAAUAGCUACAGAUUUUCGCGAAGGCCAGACAGAUGAACCAGAAGAUAUCCAAGCCGGCUUAGACGCCAUGGAUUUCGAAGUCGGCCUCUACAGUCACCCGAUAUUCACUGAUAAAGGUGGGUUUCCAGAGAGAGUAGUGAAAUUGGUAGAAGAGAAGAGUAAGCAGCAGGGAUACCCACAGAGUAGAUUGCCAGAGUUCAGUAAGGAUGAAAUCGAAUUUGUCAAAGGGACGAGUGAUUUCUACGGCUUUAAUCAUUACUCCACGAAGUUUUACACGCGCAAGACUUAUAAGGAAGGAAUGUAUCCCGUACCAUCGUACGACGAUGACCUCGGAGCUGUGUGGUCACUGCUAGACUACGAAGUUGCCAUCCUACCGCAUUGCACUGCUAUUCCUCAAGGUAUAAGGAAAGCUCUGAAAUGGGUCAAGGACAACUGCAACAAUCCGCCCAUAAUGAUAACAGAGAACGGUUUUGGCACUCUCGCUGGCUUGUAUGACGAAGAGAGAAUAUCUUAUCUUAUAAAAUAUAUGGACUCCAUAUUGGACGCUGUGGAGGUAGAUGGAUGUAACGUCCUUUGUUACACUCUGUGGAGUAUCAUGGAUAACUUUGAAUGGAGCAGCGGGUUAAGUAUAAAAUUUGGAAUAUUCGAGGUCGACUAUGAAGACGAUGCAAGGCCGAGGAAGGCUAGGCAAUCGGCGUUAUGGUACAAGGACUUAGUGGCCACGCGCACUCUUAAGCCGGAAUAUAGACCUUUUGUGGAUAAUAUGGUGUUUUGAAAACAAAAUAGGUAGUAAGAAAAAAUUAUGUUAGAGAAAUUGUUAUUAAUUGUCUUGGGGUUGAUAGGCGGUAACAAUUUUUUUUUAGACGUUUUGAAAUUGGGAAUGCACCAGCAUCAAUUUGUAAAUAUCAUUUUGAUUUAGUCCUUGUGAUAGAUACAUAACAGUAGGUAUUGCUUAAAGCUUUUAAGCGUGUAAAAAGAAAGAAAUUUGAUAUAAUUGUCCUCGUAAAUUUUACAAUUAUUUGUUAUUUGAUGUUAAGAAUCUAAUUAGUCAAUAUGAUUAUUUAUUUAUUUACUAUAUUUAAUUGUCUUAUAUAUUUUUGUAUCCAUGUUUUAUAUAUAAUUUUAAAACCAAUAUCUUAUGACGUAGCUUAUAUUAAGAGGGUAUGUUGAUAAAUAAAAAUAAUUUUAUAAUAUUGCAUAAAAAUGUAUUAUUUUGAAAUAAUUCAGUCAUUUAACAAGGCACCAACACGAUUAGAUAUAAAAACAUUGUUAACAUAAUAAGGCAUAAUUAUGGAAGACAUUAUAUUCAUUAAAGUUUAUCUUCUAAUAAUUUAUAAAAUGCAUUUUUGUGAAAGUUACCUUUUAAGGGCAAAAAUAUCAAUUUAAUUACUAUGACAAAUUACUUCACAGUAUCAUUUAAAAAAUAAUAUACACUAA